AAGUUGCACGAUAUAAGAUAAAUCCAUAUAAAUCAUCAGCGUUCUUAUUACAUAACAAACAAAACCCAGUAGGAGGAAGUACAAAGGGAAAUUCCAUUCAAAAUAACUACAGAAGCCACAGAGGAUUUGGGACUGUAUCUACUGAGAUUCACUCAGGGACUAUAUGAAUCUAACUCAGUAGUCCAUAAACUAUAAAAAUUAAGCUCCAGCUAUGUGCCAGGUAUGGUGCUUGGCCCUAGGGAUACAAAUGAGAAAAAGACUAUCUCUGGAAAAUGGAGAGUUAGCUGCAAAGUUCUGAGCCCACCACCAAAGGAGGUUUGGGUGAAGUUUAUUGCUACAUCACUCCAAUGCUCCAAUCAGGGUGGUGAGACAGUUGAGCAUAAUAAGGAGGAAAGUGAAUUCAAACUCCAAGCUGUUUAGGUCUCUAGUGAUGAGCUUAACCUGGGGGAGGCAGCACGUUUCUGGGGAGUCAGAACCGGGUAGAGCAGCCGAUGGCAUUUAAACAGAGCCCGUGUGGGGCGUGGGCAGUGAAUAGGGAGGAAGUGUCAGUUCACGCUUGGUUACACCGAGAAUGUAAGAACAUCAACAAAAACAUUUCUAUUAAAUUAAGUUUUGUGUCUCAAAACUCUUUGCAAAGAUGUAGACUUAAAUUACUGGAGAAGCAUGCAUUGCUCAUGGGUAGGACGAGCUAAUAUAGCUCAAAUGACCAUACCUCCUAAAUCAGUUUACUCAUUUGGUACUGCAGCAGACUCCUAAAAGAUUAUUUUAUAGACGUAGGAAAAAAAAAACAAUGAAAAUGGAGAGCAAUGAAAAAGGUGGGAGUAGGCGCUUCCCAGCUGCCGUUUGCUUCCCUUCCUCUCCCCCACUCCAUCUGGGAAUUCCCUCCGUAAGGAAGUCUUGGGGCUUCGCCCCUCCCCCAUCAGUUCCACGAAUAUGACUGGAUCACUUCCUAAUUCUUCGCCUCGCAGAGUCCAGGACCGCAGCUCGCUUUCCACGCGUUGGACCAGGGACGCGCAAGCACGGAAUUCACCGGGGCAGUCCCGAGGUGCGCGUAGGGAGGCGGCUGCAGGCGCCCUGAGUGCAGAGCCGCCGGCGGGAGAACCGCCGUGGCGGUAGGGGGCGCUGCGCCGCCAGGCAGAAGGCGACCCCUCUCGAACGCCGUCGUAACCGGCGCAGGCGCAGUCGCGUUCCCGUGCCUGGGCUAGGAGCUGAGAAGGCGGAAGCUCGGUUCCGGCGGCGGCGGCGGCGGCGGCGGCGGCCUGAGGGGCCUCGCCCGCUCCUGUGACCGUGCGGGCCUCCCUGACCGCGCGCCUCCCCUCGUUCUACGCGGAGCCUCGCCCUCGGAGCGACCGAUAACGGAAUAACCGACCAGUGCGGAGAAGUUGGCCACCUAGCAACUAUGAGUCUGGUAAACUGUGAAGACAGCUGUGGUGCCAACCAACCAGACAGCGACUGUUGUACUGCCAUGGCCAGUGCCUGUAGCACUGGCGCAAAGGAGGAUAGUGUAAAUGGGAGCACCAUUCCUGGGAACCUUUCCAGCUCCUUGAUGGAAGAGAUUCAAGGCUAUGAUGUGGAGUUUGAUCCACCCCUUGAAAGCAAAUAUGAGUGUCCCAUCUGUCUGAUGGCAUUACGAGAAGCUGUGCAAACCCCGUGUGGCCAUCGGUUCUGCAAAGCCUGCAUUGUCAAGUCAAUAAGAGAUGCAGGUCACAAAUGCCCUGUUGACAAUGAAAUACUGUUGGAAAAUCAACUAUUUCCUGACAACUUUGCUAAACGGGAAAUCCUCUCCCUGACAGUGAAGUGUCCAAAUGAAGGUUGUCUGCUGAAGAUGGAACUGAGGCAUCUAGAGGAUCACCAGACACAUUGUGAGUUUGCCCUUGCAGAAUGCCCACAGUGCCACCUUUCCUUUCGGAAAUAUCUCCUUCACAAUCAUAUGAUCAUGGAGUGUCCAAGGCGACAGGUGUCGUGUGUGAACUGUGCUGCACCAAUGCCAUUUGAAGAGAAAGAGUUCCAUGACCAGAACUGCCCAUUGGCAACAGUCUUCUGUGAAUACUGCAACACCAUGCUCAUCCGGGAACAGAUGCCUAAUCACUAUGAUAUAGAUUGCCCAAUAGCUCCAAUUCCAUGUACUUUCAGUACAUUUGGGUGUCGUGAGAAGAUGCAGAGGAAUCAUUUGGCUCGCCACCUGCAAGAGGCUACUCUGGCCCACAUGCGAAUGAUGGCCCAGGCCAUCGAGAACAUCAGCAUGGCAGUUUUCAGUUCCGGGCAUGAGGCCCCUCCCUACGAUGGGAACUCCGUAUCCCGGACGCCCUCAGGAUGCCCCCAAGACGUUCAGAACUUCCAGGAAACCAUCCAGCAGUUGGAGAGUCGUCUUGUAAUACAAGACCAUCAAAUCCGAGAGCUGACUGCUAAGAUGGAAACACAGAGUGCUUGUGUGGGGGACCUCAAACGGACCAUUCGAACCCUGGAGGACAGAAUUGCUGAAAUGGAGGCACAACAGUGCAAUGGCAUUUAUAUCUGGAAGAUUAACAACUUUGGGAUGCACUUGAAAUCUCAAGAAGAAGAGAAGCCUGUUGUCAUCCACAGCCCUGGAUUCUAUACUGGCAAACCUGGCUACAAACUCUGCAUGCGCCUUCACCUGCAGCUGCCAAGUGCUCAGCGCUGCGCUAACUAUAUUUCCCUUUUUGUCCACACGAUGCAGGGUGAGUAUGACAGCCACCUUCCCUGGCCCUUCCAGGGCACGAUACGCCUUACUAUUCUCGAUCAGUCUGAAGCACCUGUGAGGCAGAAUCACGAAGAGAUCAUGGAUGCCAAACCAGAGCUGCUUGCCUUCCAGAGGCCCACCAUCCCCCGGAACCCCAAAGGUUUUGGCUAUGUGACUUUCAUGCACUUGCAAGCCCUUAGGCAAAGAACCUUCAUUAAAGAUGAUACCUUACUUGUGCGUUGUGAGGUUUUGACACGCCUGGACAUGAAUAGCCUAAGGAGGGAGGGCUUUCAGCCACGUAGUACUGAUGUAGGGGUAUAGUGAAUGGCCCUUGGCUUACGAAAACUGAAUCUGUCUGAAGUCUGCUGGCUCCUAUCCCAGUCACCUUACAUGAUUCACAUCACGGUGGUAUGGUCCAGGCUUUAUUUCUGGUUGCCUGUGAAGUCAGUUCAAGCGUCUCAGUCCUCUGAAAACCUCUAAGCAGUGAAACACAAAUCAAGAUGAUGAUUUUAAAAUGUUGUGUUUUAUUACUCUAGCAUAAAUUCUGUAUCAUUACCUGACAAUUUUCAGUCAGCAGUCUAGAUCUGUAUCACUAUCCUAAGUCUUCACUCCUUCUGUGACAGUCUCCAUUGAAACAAUUUUCCCUUAGAGAUGAACACGUGGUCUGCUUCUACAAAAGAAUGGAAUCCAAGGUGCCUUUCAUGUAGUUUAACUGUUUUUGUUAGUCUGAGGAUGUCUUUUGUUCUUUCUCAGUUAAAAUCAGAAGAUCCGCACCAAAGGAUUUUCCUAUGAACUUUACCCAAAGGAUGUUAUUUAUUGUCCAGAAGUCCUAAUAGAGCAAUUGAAAGCCUUCUCUUUCUGCUCUGCCCUGGAUAAUUAGGAAUUUCCUUCAAGCCCUAUUGUUUUGAUGACAUUAUACUUCAGUGAACUGAGAAUCACUACCGCCUUACCUACACCAAAAGAAGAGCUACGUAGAGACUUGAGUUCUCAACAUUUUGACCCCCUUUCAGCAGUCAAGGAAUCUGAGGUGAAGUUCCCAUUUGCUGCUUUUUUUCUCCCAGGGAAUUACCAGCUGCAAGCAUAGUGAUUUUAUAGAAGUCUUAGACUCGUCAAAAAUUUUUUUCUUCACCUAGAUUAUAUAUAUUUUUUUAUAAAGAACUUUGAACUUUG